AUGGCUGAGCAAAGUGUAGGCAUCAAUGAACACCCUGUUCCUGAGGCAGCAUGCCACAAGGGGCCUUGCGGAAAAGCACUCUUUUCCCCUCUGAAGGUUGGAAGCAAGACUUUGAAGAACCGCAUAACUAUGUCGGCUCUCACUAGAAAUAGAGCAGAAGGCACCUACCCAACCGACAUUAUGAAAGAAUAUUAUGUCCAACGUGCUGGUGCUGGUUUGAUUGUGUCGGAGGGCAUCUUGAUUGUUCGUCAAGGCACCGAGUGGCCUCUCGCUCCUGGACUCUGGGACGACCAGCACGUCGCUGGAUGGAAGAAGAUAACAGAUGCAGUACAUGCUGCGGGGACGCAUAUGUACGCUCAGCUCUGGCACACUGGACGGACUGCCCAUCCAGACGUUCCUGAACAAAAACUCGCUGGGACUCCCGUUUAUGCCCCGUCAGCGAUUAGCGCCAGAGGUGGAAAAUUCCGCCAGCUUCCUGGGGCACCGGGAUAUGUUACGCCUACCGAAAUUGAGGAUCCUCGAAUCAUCAUCAAGCAGUUUAAACACGCUGCAGUCAAUGCCAAGAAGGCAGGAUUUGACGGGGUCGAACUCCAUGGCGCAAACGGGUAUCUUGUUGCCCAAUUUCUUGAUAACACAUCCAACAAACGCACGGAUCAAUGGGGCGGAAGCGUUGAGAAUCGGUGCCGAUUUGGACUUGAAGUUCUCAAGGUCUUGGUUGAAGUUUUUGGGCCUGAUGUAGGCGUGAAGCUCAGUCCUUGUGGAGGAUACAACGAUGUUGGGAUGCCACUGCAAGAUACAAUUGAAACUUUUUCAUACUUCAUCACUGAGGCGGAGAAAUUAAACAUUGCGUACUUCACUUUGGUCCGUUAUACGGAGGCCUUCGAUGUCACAUUUGACGGCGAACGUCGCGCCACUAAGUUCAACGUUUUAGAGACUUUCCGUCCGUAUGUCAAAAAGGCGAAACUUUUCCUCAAUGCAGGCGUGACUCCAGAAGAGGGCACCGCACUGGUCGAGUCAGGCAAAGUCGACGCUAUUGUAAUUGGGUUCAAUUAUGUCACCCAUCCCGAUGUCGCGCAGAGGGUCUACCAUAACAUCCCGCUCAAUAAUGCCCCGGAUAUUAAGCAUAUGCAGACGAAGGGAGAUGCCGAUUGGAGUACAGGGUAUACUGACUACCCUGCGGCGGUUGCGUAA